AUGAUCCGAGCGGUGCAGGUCGUCACCAGGGGGGAGAGCCGCCGGGCUGCGCUGGCGUCGGUGGCCGGCUACGUCAGCCACCGCGGCUACUCCACGGCCUCGAGCUCGCAGAGGCUGGCCGGGAAGGUGGCCGUGAUCACCGGCGGGGCCAGCGGCAUCGGCAAGGCGACGGCCGCGGAGUUCGUCAGGAACGGCGCCAAGGUCGUCCUCGCCGACGUCCAGGACGACCUGGGCCGCGCCCUGGCGGCCGACCUCGGCCCGGACGCGGCAUGCUACACGCGCUGCGACGUGACCGACGAGGCGCAGGUCGCCGCGGCCGUGGACCUCGCGGUGGCCCGCCACGGCAAGUUGGACAUCAUGCUCAAUAACGCCGGCAUCGUGGGCUCCCUGGCGCGUCCCCGGCUGAGCGAUCUCGACCUCGCGGACUUCGACGCCGUCAUGGCGAUCAACGCCCGGGGCGUGAUUGCCGGGGUGAAGCACGCGGCCCGCGUCAUGGCGCCGCGCCGCAGCGGCAGCAUCAUCUGCAUGGCCAGCGUCGCCGGCGUGCUGGGCAGCGUGACGCCGCACCCGUACAGCGUGUCCAAGGCGGCGGUGGUCGGGAUCGUGCGCGCCGUGGCGGGGGAGAUGGCGCGCUCCGGGGUGCGCGUCAACGCCGUCUCGCCCAACUACAUCCCGACGCCGCUGGUGAUGCGCAUCCUGGAGGAGUGGUACCCGAAGGCCAGCGCGGAGGAGCACCGGCGGAUCGUGGAGGGGGACAUCAACGAGAUGGAGGGCGCGGUGCUGGAGCCGGACGACAUCGCAAGGGCGGCGCUGUACCUGGCGUCCGACGAGGCCAAGUACGUCAACGGGCACAACCUCGUCGUCGACGGCGGGUUCACGGUGGGGAAGCCGCCCAACAUGCCGGCACCGGCGCUGUAA